UUAACAACAGUGCUUUCUGCUUUGCAAUAUAAAAAAAUAUUUUCUCUAAAAGUAGGGGGAAAAAAGAAAAUAGAAGUUAUCAAGAUGAGUAAAAAGCCUCCAAGUCGUCCAGGGAUCACGUUCGAGAUUGGUGCUCGUUUGGAAGCACUGGACUACUUACAAAAAUGGUAUCCAUCUCGCAUUGAGAAAAUAGACUAUGAAGAGGGGAAGAUGUUGGUCCAUUUUGAACGUUGGAGUCAUCGCUAUGAUGAGUGGAUUUAUUGGGACAGCAAUAGAUUACGACCCCUGGAAAGACCAGCACUAAGGAAAGAAGGGCUAAAAGAUGAUGAUGAAUUUGUUGAUUUUAAACCUGGAGAAGAGGUGCUAGCUCGUUGGACAGACUGUCGAUAUUAUCCUGCUAAAAUUGAAGCAAUUAACAAGGAGGGAACCUUCACAGUACAGUUCUAUGAUGGAGUUAUUCGAUGCCUAAAAAGGAUGCAUAUCAAAUCUAUGCCUGAGGAUGCCAAAGGGCAGGCGCGCGAGAGGGAGCAGAUAGCGCCGGAGCUGAGAUUAGUGACGGAAAUCGAACCAAAAGAAGAUUGGAUAGCUUUGGUCAAAGCUGCUGCAGCAGCAGCAGCCAAGAACAAAGCAGGAAGUAAACCUCGGACCAGUGCAAACAGCAAUAAAGAUAAAGAGGAGAGAAAAUGGUUUAAAGUACCUUCAAAGAAGGAAGAAACCUCAACCUCUACAAUCAUACAGGAAGUCCAGAAAAAGGAAGAGGAGCCUACAUCUAGUGAAACGUUCGUAGGAUUCCCAGUAGUGGAUGUUCCUAAGAUGGCGUUUGUGCGGGCAGAGAACACAUUAGCGCACAAGAGGAAAAGUAAUCUAGGCAACUCAUUUCAGGCAAAGAGAGCUCGUCUUAACAAGAUCACUGGUUUGUUGGCAUCCAAAGCUGUUGUUGUGGAUGGUGCUGAAAAAAAGGAAGGCAACAAAGAAACAGCUCCAGUCCUGGAGCAGGAGAUUUCACCUAAACCUCAAAGUCAGAAAAAAAAUGAAGCUGAUAUUAGCAGUUCUACCAACACUCAGAAACCUGCACUGUUAUCCUCAACUUUGUCUUCAGGAAAGGCUCGCAGCAAGAAAUGCAAACAAGAAUCUGGAGAUUCUUCUGGGUGUAUAAAGCCCCCUAAAUCACCACUUUCCCCAGAGUUAAUACAAGUCGAGGAUUUGACGCUGGUCUCUCAGCUUCCUUCUUCUGUGAUAAAUAAAACUAGUCCGUCACAGCCAGUGAAUCCCCCUAGAUCCUACAAAUAUAGCCAGAGGAGAAGAAGAUCACAGCGUUUAGCCACUUGCUCGUUGCCUGAUGAGUCUAUACAAAAAGUUCCUUCUCCCUCUCCAGUCACUGAUGGAAAAGUGUUCUCCAUCAGUGCUCAAAAUCAACAGCCAUCAAUAUCAGAGGUACCUGAUGUUGCUCAUAUGUCACUUGAGAAGCGUGGACCAUGUCUCCCUCUUGACUUAAGCCGUAGUUUGGAAGUUACAGCGCCAUUAUCCACAGAAUCCACUUUCCGUAAUGAGUACCCCAGUAAAGAAAAGGAAGAUACUCAGAUGAUUACAUAUCAUUCUUCCAAAGCAGUAACUGAUGGAAGAGUAGCUACAGCAGCGUCAGGUAUAUUGAAAACUGAAAAAAAAGUGAAAUUGGAAGAGAAAAGCUCAUCAUCAUUUGGUAAAAAGAAGGAAAAAGAGAAAGAGAAAAAAGAGAAAAAGGAAAAAGAUCAUAAAUCAAAACAGAAGAAGAAGAAAAAAAAGAAGAAGAAAUCUAAACAGCAUGAUUAUUCGGAUUAUGAAGAUAGUUCUCUUGAGUUUUUGGAAAGGUGCUCCUCUCCACUCACACGUUCUUCUGGGAGCUCUCUGACUCUGCGAAGCAUGUUUACAGAGAAGAACACUUCAUACCAGUAUCCAAGAGCCAUUCUGUCUGUCGACCUGAGUGGAGAAAACCUCUCGGAUGUGGAGUUCUUAGAUGAUUCCUCCACGGAAAGCUUAUUACUAAGUGGUGAUGAAUACAAUCAGGACUUUGAUUCAACCAAUUUUGAAGAAUCUCAGGAUGAAGAGGAUGCUCUCAAUGAAAUUGUUAGAUGCAUCUGUGAAAUGGAUGAGGAAAAUGGCUUCAUGAUUCAGUGUGAAGAAUGCCUGUGCUGGCAACAUAGUGUAUGUAUGGGAUUAUUAGAGGACAGCAUUCCAGAGCAGUACAUCUGUUACAUCUGCAGGGACCCACCAGGUCAGAGAUGGAGUGCCAAAUAUCUUUACGAUAAGGACUGGUUAAACAAUGGGCAUAUGUGUGGAUUAUCAUUUUUAAAAGAAAACUACUCUCACCUUAAUGCCAAAAAGAUAGUGUCAACACACCACCUGCUGGCUGAUGUGUAUGGUGUAACUGAAAUUCUACAUGGACUGCAGCUGAAGAUUGGGAUACUAAAAAAUACACAUCACCCUGAUCUUCAUCUUUGGGCUUGCUCUGGGGUGCGAAAAGAGCAAGAGCAAGUGACAUUUGGGGUAGAGAAGAAAAUAGUGACUUUGCCAGAUACUGUUAAUCCAUCUGAAAGGACAUGUCACAAUCAAAGCCAUAAAGAACCACCCCCUAGCUUACCGCAGAAGAUGGAAGAAACAUAUAUUAUAAGCGAGCACAGUUACCAGAAACCACAGAGUUUUGGUCAGGACUGCAAAUCAGUUACUGACCCCGUGAGCUCAGAUGAUGAAGAUAUGAGUAGUUUUGAGGAAGAUCAGGAAUUUUGUUCAGAUGAUAAAAACUGUUCACAAUAUUCUUUAAAAGAAGAUGGCGUGAGUGAGCAGAACACUGCUGAAGGGAAUGUGGUGUGUGCUUGUAAUGAAAAAAAAGGAUCAGAAGAACAAGUGGAUUCACAUCUUCAAUGGCAGCUAAAUCUCCUGACCCACAUAGAGAAUGUACAGAAUGAAGUCACCAGCAGAAUGGACCUUAUUGAAAAGGAAGUUGAUGUUUUAGAAAGCUGGCUUGACUUCACUGGAGAGCUGGAACCGCCAGAGCCUCUUGCAAGACUGCCUCAACUCAAGCGACGUAUCAAACAGCUCUUAAUUGACAUGGGGAAAGUACAACAAAUAGCCACGCUGUGCUCUGUAUGA